AAGCCAAGAUUCUCUGUCCAUUAUCCUGAAUUCUUGAUAAGAUAGCAAGGUAUUACAUUUUUUAGAUUCAAAGCUGCAUUCCGAUUUUCUCUUUGUCUGCUUUUGCCUCCUCAAUUUGAUCCCAUCGCCACUCCAUACCCUCUUCAAAGAACUUCACACAAAGUGAGAAAGCAGUGUUCUUUUUUGUUGGGUCAAUGGCUGCGAGGGUGAUGACCGUGGCGCAGGACGGCACCGGAGACUUCCUGACGGUACAGCAGGCGAUAGAUGCUGUGCCCUUCAGCAACACCUGUCGUACCGUGAUUCGUCUCAGACCUGGCAUCUAUAGGCAGCCCGUUUAUGUGCCCAAGACCAAGAAUUUUAUCACCCUCGCGGGUCACAGCCCCGAGCACACAGUCAUCACCUGGAACAAUACUGCCACCAAAAUCGACCACCACCAGGGGUCUCGGUUGAUUGGGACAGGAACGUUUGGAUGCGGGACUGUGAUAGUGGAGGGAGAGGAUUUUAUUGCAGAAAAUGUCACUUUUGAGAACUCGUCUCCUCAGGGCUCAGGGCAAGCUGUGGCACUCAGAGUAACAGCGGAUAGAUGUGCGUUCUAUAAUUGCAGGUUUCUUGGGUGGCAGGAUACUCUCUACUUGCAUUAUGGGAAACAGUACCUGAAAGAUUGUUACAUUGAAGGAAGUGUGGACUUCAUUUUUGGAAAUAGCACUGCUCUCUUGGAGCAUUGUCAUAUUAACUGCAAGUCAGAAGGUUUUAUAACUGCACAGGGCAGGAGGAAGUCUUCUCAUGAACCAACUGGUUAUGUGUUUUUGAGAUGCGUAAUCACUGGCAAUGGGGAAGCUUCAUACAUGCUUCUUGGACGUCCAUGGGGACCCUUUGGAAGGGUGGUCUUUGCAUACACUUACAUGGAUAAAUGUAUCAAACAAGAAGGUUGGCAUAAUUGGGGUAAAGCUGAAUAUGAAAGAAGUGCUUGCUUUUAUGAGUACAGGUGUUUUGGACCAGGUUGUUGUCCAUCAAAGCGGGUAACAUGGGCUAGAGAACUGAUGGACGAAGAAGCAGAACAAUUCUUGUUGCAUAGUUUCAUUGAUCCUGAUCCAGAAAAACCUUGGCUUGCUCAGAGAAUGGCACUGAAAAUACCAUAUUCUGCUUAGAAGUCAUUUCUCCAAGGUGCCACUGGAAAAUUGCAAGGGAAUAAUUUGGGAUAUGAUGGUAUAUAAACCACUCAUAUGUGAAGAAUAAUACCUGCAACAGACCUACUUAAAAUUUUUCUUUUCUCUGAAGGUGCAGAAACAUUACAAACCGCUUGUUCAACCAUAAACUCUUAUCUUUUAUCUUUUAGACUUUUACAGCCUUUGGCUGAAAAGAUUGUGAAGAUAAUCACUGUCUUGUAUGAUCAGGUGGAUUAGUCCAAGCUAUUGCCAUGUUAAUGUUUGUU